AUGAUGGAUUCUGCUCCGAUAACAAAGGAUGAAGUGGUUGAUGGAGCUAAUGAACAAAAAACGGGAGAAACUGGAACUGAAACAGCAAUGGAUGUAGAUGUUCAGAAAACAACAGUACAACGUGAAAUCGAUGAUGAGAUCAAAAUAUUACCAAGCAAUGAAGAAACGUGGAUGAACCUUCGCUUUGACACAAAAGAUCAUGGAUUGCUGUGGUACAAAUGCUAUGCACAUGAUAAGGGAUUUUCUGUUAGAGAAACAGGAGGGGUUAAGAGAACAAGCAAUAACAAACCGUGUGAAGUUGUAAGAUAUUUUGGGGGUAGAUGCAAUAAGGAAGGUUGGCGAAAAGGUAGUGCAAAUAAUCCAGCAAAUGACGACCAUGUUGACCAACAACCUAGAAGCAGAAUCACCAAAGAGGAUAGAUGGGAUUGCAAAGCAGUGAUACGCUUCCAGCUUGAAGAAGUUCCCAAAAAUACUACAUUUCAAGCUGGUUAG